AUGGCGGCUGCUGCUGCCCAGCACCGCGGACGAGAUCGAGAUACCAGCACCACCACCACCACCACCACCACCACCACAGCUACGGCUCUUCUUGCUACUACUUCUUCUUCGUCGUCUUCUUCUGCUGCUGCUGCUAAAACUACAGCCAUGGCCGCGGCUGCAGCAGACAGGUCCAAGGACAAGGACAGAGGAGACAUGGGCGAGGCCGCUUCUUCAGAGACCGCGUCCAGUGCCACCACACCUGCUCCCGCUCCCGCUCCCUACAGCACUCGCUCGCGAAACAGGCCCCGUAUCAACUAUGCCGAAGACACAGAGCUGGAUGCUGAGCUCGAGAAGCCGCUGAUGGCCCCAGUCUCUGCUUCUGCGGCGGCCGGUGCUGGGGCUGCUGGCUCUGCUGCUACUUCCAACUCCACGGCCAAGGGCACCCCGGGCCGCAAGCCAAAGGACAGGGACGCCGCGGCCCAGACGACUUCUUCCUCCUCCAGCAACACACGUAUCGCCUCGCCGGCGUCCAACAGCGAGAGACCGCCCGGCAUGAGCACGCGCAGAGCUGCUGCCGUCGCAGCUAGCAAUGGGACUGCCGCAGCCAGAGACAAGAACUCCGAGAGCCAUGGCCAUGCAGCCUCCGCCAGCGCCGCCAGCACCACAACCACUGCCACGGCCUCUACUUCAGCCAUUCCUGGCACAUCGACUUUCUCCGCAAACCCAAACACCGUUGUCGUCUCGUCGAAGAAGCGGAAGCAGCCCGGAUCCAGCACCACCGUGCAGAAUGUCGUCCCGGCCAACGGGGCUGGACACCCCAGCAAGCGCUUCAUUGCCGCUGGUUCGCGCAAUUCAGAAGAGGCCGUCACCACUUCUAUGAUGACCUUUCGCUCCUCUCGAGCCAUGCUCAGAAACGGCAAGCUAAAGGCAGACGACGGCACCCUUCUCGCCCCAAACGACAUAGACCACGUAUAUUUGAUAUGUGAGCCCCCAGGGGAGCCGUAUUACCUCGCGCGGAUCAUGGAGUUUCUCCCGUCAAAGGACAACCCAUCAGGCCCCAUUGAGAGUGUUCGCGUAAACUGGUACUACCGGCCGCGUGACAUCCAGCGCAAGACUAAUGACCUCCGAGUCGUCUUUGCCUCCAUGCACUCAGACGCCUGUCCACUCACGUCGCUACGCGGCAAAUGUACCAUCAAGCACCGCACCGAAAUCGCAAACUGGGACCAGUACAUGAAGGCAAAGGACUGCUUCUGGUUUGAGCGCAUGUACGACCGCUACAUCCACCGGUACUAUGAUGUUAUUCCCACCAGCCAUGUCAUCAACGUGCCCCAGCAUGUCAAGCAGGUUCUCGACGAGCGAUGGAAGUACGUCUUGGUCGAGAUUGGCCGUAGAAAGGAGCUUACCAGUGCCGUCAAGACAUGCAAAAAGUGUCAACAAUACGCUGCAAAUAAUGAUUCGGUGGACUGCGCGGUGUGCCAUAACACAUACCACAUGCUGUGUGUCCGGCCGGUGCUGCAGAAAAAGCCAGCCAGAGGAUUCGCUUGGGCGUGUGGCCCGUGCAGCAGAGCCCAGGAAAAGAAGCUUGAGGCCAGGAACACGCCCAUGGUGGGCGAGUCUCGCACAAACAACGACACAGAGCCUGAGUUAGUCGAAGAGGAAGAAGAGGAGCAGCCGCCUGCCGAUGCAGACACAGCAGCUGCCACCCAGCGGAGUAGCCCGGCAAAUGAGCUGCAACAGCAGCAGCAACAACAGCAGCAACAGCAACAACAUGUGCUCAAGCCGGCGACAGCAGAGCAGAUCUCCCAGGCCAAACUAUGGCAGUUUCGCUAUCUGGGCAUCCAUUGCCGCGUGGAGGAUGCGCUUGACUACGACGAUCGCAUUUAUCCGCGUGCCAGUUCUCGGUUGGGCAGCCGACAUCAGGCCAACGUCGUGCCUUGGUAUGGCCACCCGGUCGAGUACUUCAAACCAGCGGAGACAAAGAGGAAGUACGUCCGGUCGGGGCCCAAGAAGGAGGUCAAGCUGUCCAAGGAAGCCCUGGCCGCACAAGAGGCAGACCGUGCCGAGCGGGCGUCGCGCCCAAAGUGGGUACAGGAGGUGCCCCCUGGUUAUAUCGCCCGUGGCGAGGACGAGCCCAUCACAGUGGACGGGAAGAAGUUUCAUACUGCCGAACUCCAGUUUAAGAUGCCGGAUGCUUCGCAGCUGUCGUCCGUCAGGGGUGAAGAUGAUGCGCCAGGCUCACAUCUCUCCGUCGAGGAGAGGGAAAAAUUCAUCGACGAGUAUAUGGACAAGGCCAAGGAAGUGGCCACCUCUAAAGGAAUCCCGGACUACUCCACAAACUACCUCGACAAGGCCCUGGCACUGCUGUACGAAGAGAACUUUAAUGUAGAGCCUGCUCUUGCCCGGCUCAAAGCACUGCAUAGAUACAACGACCUGAAGGAGCCAUACCUCAAACCCGAAGAGGUCAAGCUGUUCGAGGCUGGAGUAGCCAAGUACGGCUCUGAGCUGCGAAGUAUCACCAAACAUGUCGGCACCGUCAAGCACCGUCACAUCGUGCGGUUCUACUACAUGUGGAAGAAGACCCCCAAGGGACGUCAGAUCUGGGGCAACUAUGAGGACAGAAAGGGCAAGAAACUCGCCAAGAAGGCUGACAGUGCUGCAAAGCUGCUAGACGAUGUUGCCGAUGACUACGACGACUCUGCAUUCGACAAUGACAAGGCCAUGGAGAAACGCAGAGGAUUCACCUGUAAAUUCUGCAAUACCCGUUCUUCUAAGCGCUGGAGACGAGCUCCCGCUGUCCCACCCGGCUUUACCGUGCCGGCCGAACAGUCUGGGAAGCGUGAAAAGGGCAACCGGCUGACCGUCUCCCUCUCUCCUUACCACUCCGAGUCGGAUGUGAGGAUCAACCAGACCACCGCCACUAUAGCAGCCUCGAUCGGAGUACAUGUUACUACAGAAGUGGUCAAGGAAACCGCAAGCAAUCCACCCGAACCCCAACAACAACAAAACCAACAUCAUCAACAUCAGCAGCCAGCCAAGAAGAAGACCAAGACGGCUGAUAAGGAUGCAAACGCUGCCAACGCCGUCAUGGCUGAUGCCCCUCCGCCUGCUCCUCCGCCACCCCAACAGCAGCAGCAGCAGCAGCAAACAUCAUCCAGGAAGAGGGCAGCUGAGAAGGUUGUGCAGGAAGCUCCUCCGCCACUGGCACCGGAACCGCCUCGACCCAAAGUCCUGCCCUGUGCCGUAUGCAAAAAGAUGGAUCCCAUGGGCGACCAGCACCUAUCCUGCCGAGACUGCCGCCUAACCGUCCACAGGGACUGCUAUGGAAUCGAUGCGUCCCGCCCAGCAGCAAAAUGGAUAUGCGACAUGUGCGCCAAUGACCGGAACCCGACUGUUUCCACAUCAUACGAAUGCGUUCUCUGUCCCGUCACCGAGACGGAGCACGAACUCAUGGAACCGCCCAAAACAACUCACAAGAAAAAAUCCGAACGAGAACGUGAAAAGGAGCGCCUGGAGCGCGAGAUGGUCAACGAAGCUAUCAAGCUCUAUCGCCAACGUCAAGAAGCAGCAGGUAAACCAGUGGGACCCCGAGAACCUCUCAAGCGCACCGCAGGUAACAAUUGGGUACAUGUCAUCUGCGCCAUAUGGUUCCCCGAAAUCAAAUUCGGCAGUGCCAAAGACCUCGAACCCGCAGAGGGUAUCGAGUCGAUAUCGCAAGAAAGCUUCAAGGACCGUUGCAAGAUCUGCAAAACGGAAAAUGGCGCUUGUGUCUCGUGUCGGGCUUCAACGUGCAAUGCGCGGUUUCAUGUUGGAUGUGCCCAUCAGGCAGGAUAUAACAUGGGAUUUGACAUCACGCCGGUGAAAAGUAGUAGGAAAGACGUUGUUUCAACUGCGACCAUGGGCGAAGAAACGGGUGUUGUUGCACCAGCGAUAUGGUGUCCGCACCAUAAUGUGCAGACCAUAGUCCAUGAAAUGGGUGAAUCGAAGGGUUCGACGGAAGGGAAUGCCCUGCAAAUAUAUGCUAGGACGUUCAAGCAGGCUGAUCUUACGCUUACGGGGACAGCAAGGAAGGCGGCAUAUGUCCAGCACUCCUCGCCAUCCGGUGCUGGUAAGCGUGCGGCUGCGGCUGCGAUGACGAACGGGGUGGGAACAAGUACAGCGCCGACGGCGAGUCUAGGACAGGGGCAACACCAGCAUGAUGAAGUUAAUGGUACAUGGAACGCCGAGCAGAGCAAUACCGGACACGGAAAGGACGACAUUCCGAAGAAAUGCUUCCGAUGCCAGUCUGUUGCCAGCCCGAAGUGGUGGCGCCGCGCGCAACCGCAUCAACCACCGCAUCAACAGCAGCCCGUCAAUGGUCUAGGACCACUGGAUCUGAUCAGAUGGCCUACCUCGAUGCAUCAUGCCAAUGAUACGAAUGGCGAUAUACCCGACCGCAUCGUGUACGAGUGUCAUAAAUGCCAUCUCAAGAAACACCUCACCCCACCUACCCUCACGCCUGUGCUUGCACCGCUGCCACCAGUCUCUUAUGGUCCGCCUGACCGUGAUCGUGAAAUGGGCCAAACUCGUCACCCUGAGUUUCAUAGGAAUGGCUAUGCCUCUUCUCCUCACGCUCAGCCUGUUCAAGCGCAUGGCCCUGCCCAUGUCCCCCCUCUUGCGCCCCUGACGCACCCCCACGGAGCUCCUGAAUGGCGACCUGGGCCUGGACCUGCUCCUGGACCUGCUCCUGGUCCUGGUCCUGGUCCAGGGCCAGAAUAUGAACAGCGACCACCAGCAGAAUAUUUACAUCGUAAAGGAAUAUCUCCCGCUCCUAAUGGUCAUCAGCAUCAACACCAUCAGCAUCCGCACCAUCAACACCCACAUCAUCCACCGCCCUUCACGAAUGGUGGUCCUCCGCCUCCUCCACCAUCCCUUCCACCGCCACACCAAUACCCCUAUGGGCCAAUUGCGCCCCACCCAUCCGGCGCAAAUACACCAUACCCUGGCCCGGGUCCAGGCCCGUCUACACCCGGCGCAGGCGCAGGCCCCGCUCCUGGCCCUAGCCCCAUGCACUUCUCCCCGCCACCACCUCCUUCACGCACACCCCUUCCGGGCUCUCAUCCACCCCGAAUGUUCCCCGUCGACAGGCCCGUUCAACCAAAACCAAACCUCUCUUCUCCCUCCGCCGCACGAAGAAGUUUGGACCCCCACCAGCCGCAACCACCUCAAUCUCAGAGUCAAGCUGAACCCUCGCCCACGGCAGGCCCAACUGCUACUCCAUCACGACCCCGAUCAGAGAGUAUGGGUCGUCAAGGUUCCAUGGGCAGUAUGCAACCGCAAUCAGCACCAACAUCUGGUUCAGCAGCAAGUGCGAGUCCAUCAUUGAAAAACUUACUUCUUUAAUUUCCCUCCUGCCCCCGGCCCCGUUUUCAUUUGCUUUUCCUUUUUCCUGUUUAUCAUGUCUAGCUCCAGGCGUUCACGUUUAUGCAUUUCCUUUUACCAGCUGUUCUCAUUACAACAUUUAUAUCUUAUCAUAUUAUAUCAUACCAUUCAUCAUAUUUCUUUACCUUGACUUUCUUACUUGCUUGACGGAGCAAACGUCCCAGGCGGCCCUCUCAUGUACCCUAUUCCUCCCAUUCCAUUUAUCUACAUUACCACCUUCAACUUGCAUGCGAUACCACCAAAAACCGCCUUCCCCAACAUUCAUACCCCCUAAUACCCCUACUAUGUAAUUCACUUAUUCUGAUCGACUUGCCUGCCUUGUUCCAUCUCAUUGCUUCUAUUAACUGAGUCAGCGGUUAGAGUUAUUGCCGUGAUACUAAUAGGCAACUUGCUAGCUCUGACUAUGGCUAUGGCGAAACUGGAUAAUGGGCUAUCAUGGGGUUUCUUUUGCUGAAAAGGAAAAAAUAUUGAUAGAUU